AUGGAAGGCGAGCUACCACCGAAGGAAGAACUACACCGGCGCGCUGUGGAAGGUCACCCAAUCACACAAGCCGAGGCAUCUGAGCUCGCAGCUGCCGAAACGGACAUCACCGGGUUCGGGCCAAUAAAAGGGGGACCAGCAGCGGUAGCUCAGAGCGAGCAUGAUAGACAACAGAAUUUCAUCGCCAAGGCGGGCGAGAUUGCGCGCAAACCUGUAGAUCAAAUAACCAAGGAGGAUGCAGCGCAGGCGCGGGCCUUUGGAGAACCUCCUAGAAAGGGUUCGACGGCGGCUAGUGUACAGUCCCUUGCUGAUCAGAAUGCGAAAUCGAAGGAAGUUUGA